AAUGUGGGAUCCGAGCCACGUCUGCAACCUACAACAGCUCAGGGCAACCCACUGAGUAAGGGCAAGGAUUGAAUCAGUCCAGAUUUUCCUCAAGGCAAGGUAAAAGGAAAGUGGCCUACUACUUGGCCAAGCCACCUUCUUGCCAAAAUUAUAACCUGGGUGCGAAUCAACACAGCUAGUUUGAGUUCUUGCCACCAAGCAGAGUAAGGAACACAAGUGCCUGAUUGUUUGGUCAAAAGGUGAAAGCUGGAGGCAGAGCCCAAAUUAUGAGACAGGAGUCCAAGGCAGAAAGAUGUUCUGGGACUAGCAUGCCUUUGCCAGUCCCACGCUUGAGCUGCUAGCAAGCACCAGCAGGCAGCCAGCAUUUGAAGUUCAGUGAAGACAGGCAAUCACUAUCAGAUUGCCUUGCUUCUGGAUAGUGAACUGCAAAAUCAAUUAGAGCAGGAACCAUAUCCAGGAGUGGAUGGAGUGGCUUGAAUAACACUAGGUCUUCUGUCAGGCUCCUCAGUUCCUUUGGAGGAAAGGCAAAUCUGAGCACAUUUGCUAUUAUAAGGAAAAGGCUGCACUAUAUCUCGCCUUUCCUAGGGGAACUGGAAAAAUUUACAUUUUACAUACACCAACGAAAGCUCACCUUGGGUUGGGUUGUGGAACUAGAGAAAAUGGAGGCAGGAGCCGCUCCCUGAGAGUCUUGGACGUGGAAGUGAGCAAGGACGUUAACACGAAUCCCAAGUGCAUGUUUUGCGAUGUUACCAUCUCCGUGCGGUCUCAAUCAACAGGUCUGAGGCUCCUGAGCCAAACUGGGCAAUGGCCCCCUGCCCAGAGUGCUUCUCCUUUAAUAGGUGGGGCCGGAGCCGCCGCGAGGCUCGGGCUUUGUACGUGUCGGAGGCGGAGCCUCAGCCGGCACUAGCAGCAUGGCCACCGGCGCCGCUGCUGCCUUGGGUUUCUUGAAUCAGGAGAGCCGCUGCCGGGCCGGGGGUGCCGGCAGUCUGCGAGUCCCUACCCCGGUCACUAUGGACAGUUUUUUCUUCGGCUGCGAGCUCUCCGGCCACAGUCGCUCUUUCACCUUCAAGGUAGAGGAAGAGGAUGAUGCAGAUCACGUGCUGGCUUUGACCAUGCUCUGCCUCACUGAGGGGGCCAAAGAUGAGUGUAACGUGGUAGAAGUCGUGGCCCGGAACCGUGACCACCAGGAGAUUGCAGUCCCUGUGGCCAACCUCAAGUUGUCCUGCCAACCCAUGCUCAGUUUGGAUGACUUCCAGCUCCAACCACCUGUAACCUUCCGCCUGAAGUCAGGCUCUGGCCCUGUGCGGAUUACUGGGCGGCACCAGAUUGUUACUAUGAGCAAUGACGUUUCUGAGGAGGAGAGUGAAGAAGAGGGGAGUGAGGAGGAAGAAGCUGAGUUGUGCCCCAUCCGACCUGCUAAGAAGCAGGGGGGCAGGCUCUAACCCUCCCUGGUCAGCUAGCAGCCUGCCACCUGCCAUGCACCAGGUUCCUGUGCAAGUUUCAAGAAUGUUGUACCAGAGGGGUGGGGUGGGAUAGGGCGGAUGGGGUCCUGGUUUGGUGCUAGGACAGAGGGAGUCCCAUUCUCCAUAGGGCCUUGAUGUUCUAGUCUUGUACCACACCUGGAGCUUUACUUUCUUCCAGCACUGGAAGGAACUCUGAACUUGUCCUGACUCUCUCUCCCCAUUUGCCUGUGAGGUUGGAGGUCAGCAUCUGAAGCUCAGGACUACACAUUUUUAACAUUUUUUACAUUUUUGGAUAAAGUUUGAAAUAAAGUGGUAUGGAGUUUUUUUGCA